CAUUAUUUUUCGUAAAGAGAUGCCGGAGAUGCCAUAUCGUCCAGCGUAAAAAAGAUAAAUAUAAACAAAGCAACCAUAAGGAUAGGAAGGAUUAUUUCAUUGGCUGUAAAAAAGUCUCAGGAAAAAUCAAAUCUCAACAGAAUUCCUGCGAAGGAAAUGAAUUCGAAAGAGCUCUAUGCCAUACGGGAAUGGGCACCGUUGACGGAUGUGUUCGAUCGCAUACCGACUCGCAUCAGUCGUGGUCUGUUUCCGGCGAAUUUAAAUAUCACCUGCAUCGAUGCUAUUGAGGAGUUUAUAGCAUUGGGAAGCGAUGCCGGCAUAGUAUUUUGGUAUAAUCGCUAUUCGGGACAGAUACAAAAACUAAAAUCGGAGAAUACCUCACGCAUAACAUGCGUGAAAAUUGUCAAUUCAGUGGAGUAUAUGGUUGCUGCAGGAAAUAGCACCGGACAGGUGAGUGUAUUUCAGAUACAGAAGGAGCUACCGGCCGAUUUGAAUUUGGUGGCACCGUGCACCAAAGCCAAGCCAAUUGAACGAUAUACCAUAAGGGAUCUGCACCAAAGUCCCAUAAGCUGUUGUGAGUGGUCCAAGAAUGGCAUGAAGUUAUAUUCGGGAGAUCGUAAUGGUGUGGUGGUGUUGACUGAAUUGGAUUACCAAUCGCAUAUUAGCAAAUCUGUGGAGAUCUUAAGCGAAGCCUAUGAAAUUGUGCAACUAAGUGUUCAUCAAGGUUACCUCUUGGUAUCCACACUAUACCGGUCCAUUAUUUGUUCCAAGGACGAUGCGGGCAAUUGGAUUGUAAAACAGAUUGGUAAAAAAGAUCGCAAACAACUGGUCGAUUGUGGUGGCACAUUCUUCAAAAAGUCGUCGAGUAAGAAACCCAGACUGAUAUGUGGUCGUCCCAAUUUACGUUUUUGGUUGGCCGACGUAGAGGGCAAUGUGGAGAAGACAUUACUGUUUCGCGAAGCUGUUGCAUUGAGCCCCACCUGGGAGAUACCAAUACUAAACCCUAAAUGUUCAAUGAUGAUGAACAAAUCCAUAAUAAGCUCUCACCCAGCGGAUGCAGAUGCCACUGCCAUAGGUGAUUCAAAGAAUUUCGGUAAUAUCUAUUGUUAUGCCGGCCAGGAUUCGUUGAUUGUCACACAUGAUGAGCGUACAUUGUAUAUUUUAAAUUUGGAUCGACUAAAAGUGGAAGCAGUGGCCAGAGGAUUUCGCAAAAUCAUUGAUUUUUGCGUGUGCAAUAAGGAAAUAUUUGUUUUGGAGGGAGAGAGGUCCCUUUUGCGUUUGGCGCCAAUGCCUGAAAAGCCAAAUAAAAUAGCCAAAAUUAUCUACAAUCCUAUUUUGCCACCGCCUGUACCCAUAAUGGGCUCCUCAAUAUGUGGCACAUUUGAGGCACCCGUGGAAUAUGAACCCGAAGAUCAGCCAAUUAUCAAUGCGGAAGAAUGUUUCGAAUUGCCACCCAUCGAAACUUUAAAUCUAAACAUACCCAUAGAACUAGCUGUAGAAUCCUCCAAGGCUGAACAAAAUCGUCGCCUGGAAGUUUUUAAGGAAAUUUCCGAAAUGGAUUUCGACGAAGAUAUACUGCAUCAUAGUGGCAUUUCAGUCAAGAGUAGUGCAAACCAUAAAAAGCGUCGCAAGAGCCGUGAGGGGGAGAGGAAAAAAGUAACAGAUGGCAUUGUAGAAAUUGGUCAUAUUGUGGAGGCCGAACAUGGUAAAGCUAUGGAAUACACAGCCGAGGCCACACAAAUGGAAGCCAGCUAUUGUAAUGGCAACAAUGGUAAUGGUGAAAGUGAACCUAUGAGCUUGCAUUUGAAGGAAGCAUUUAGUCAACAUUUUCCAAACGUUCUCAGUCCAACAACCUUGAAAGAAACCAUUGCCGAAAAAGCAAAAACCUUGGCUGAAGAAUUGAAUUUACCUGAAGUUAAACUUGAACCCAUUACCGAUGAAGAGUUACGUAUAUCCAAGUAUCUGGCACAACCACCGGCACCCCAGCCACCACUUUCUUCGCCCUUGGAAACGGUCUAUCCCACAGAAGGCCUAUUCAAAGAUUCGAGUAUGCAAACUACUCCCCACAAAAAGAUCUAUUACAUUGAAGAACAAUCUAUGGCAGAUUUUAAUGAUGGCCAACCAAUAGAAGAUGUCUGUCACACCUUGAGGGCCACCAAUUUAAUAGAGGGUAAUGAUAACGAUGAGAGAGAUCAUGACUCCAACCCAAGUAACUCGAAACCAUUGGCAUUUGUCAGUGCACACUUAGCUGAAACCGAAGAAAUAGAUAGUUUUCUUUUGGAUUUCAAUAAGGUCAAGGAUCCAUUGGCACCAACGAUUGGUGGUCAUUCUGCUGGCACAAAAUCGGAAAACGAAUCAUCGAAUGGUUCCUCAAGUGAAUGGGAAUUUCUGGAUAACUAAAAAAAAAACAAAUCCGGAAUUUCCAUCUGAUAUUACACAAUGUUUUUGUUUUUCGUGAUAAUCUCACUAUCAUAAGAGUAUUAUAAUUUAAGAAUUUAUGUUUUUAUUGACAUAAGUCGGCGAUUUGUAUACCCAUGGCAAGACCCUGUGAAGAGUUUGUGAUACAGAAUGCUGUUAUGCUCUGGAAACCGUAAGUCAACCCGUACUCCAUUAUAUUCCCAGUGAAAUUGGAGAGCAAAAGAUGGAAAGAAUUGGUGAAAAUUGUUUGAGGAUAUGUAUAUUGGUAGAUGUCAUUCAAGAACUAGCCUAGAACAAAAGCAAUAGAAAUCCAAAAUGAAACGAGGCAGACAAAAAACAGGUAAAGUCUGUGAAGGGUAUAGAUAAUCUUUCCUACCAAUCGCACGUCUCUUUGAAUUUGUUCUAUUUAUUGCAGAGUUUUUAAUAGAUUCCUAUUUGUAGGAGAUCCUUUGAAGAACUUUGGCAAACAUUACUUUAUUAUGUAGUUACAGGAUGUUAAAAAGGUCUUUAAUUUGCAGUAGAGAUUCAAAGAGUCUUCUAUUUAUGGAAACCCUUCACAAAAAUUUCCAGCUAUAUACGACUUUUAGAGCCAAAUAAGGAAAACUUCAGUACAGGGUUAGAUGAGAAAACUGCAACAAAAUCAAACGCCAUUUUUUUUAAUUUUUUUGAAUGAAAGCAAAUAAUGUCGGAAAUCGCAUCAAAUUUUAGAAUAAGUUUAGAUUUCGUAACUUUUGGCACGAAUUAUGGCCUUCAAACGGCCAAUGAAACCGUCACACGCUGCCCGAAUUUUGCUCUGCGGUAUUUUGGCCCAUUCCCGGCGAAGCGCUUGCUUGAUGUGAUCGACACUUUGGUAAUUUUUAGUGCCAACCAUGCUUUCCAAAAUACUCCAGACACAAUAGUCCAACGGAUUGGUAUCCGCAGACUUUGGUGGACAUUGUGCGCUGGAAAUGAAGCGAGUAACCUCCUUUUGUAACCAUUCUUGGGUGGCGCGUACAGAGUGCGAUGUUGCAGAAUCCUGUUGGAAUGUCCAAGGUCUGCGGACAAAAUGUUUGCGUGCCCAAGGCUUUAAUACACCCUUCAGAAUAUUUACGCGAUAAUAUUCGCCAUUUAUUCUGAUGCCACGGUCGAUAAAUACGAGAGGAGAGUGACCUUCGGCUGUUAUGGCGGCCCACACCAUCACCAUGGCCGGGGCUUGAGUUCUGGUGGCCAACCGAAGGUGGCCAUUUACAGCUGACCUCUUUGCCAAGUAAAUACGAUCAUUGUGUUUGUUUAGAAACUUCUGGACAACAAAUGUCUUCUCAUUGGAGAAAACCAAAUUCGGCAGUUCACCACUUUCGGCCAAGCGAAGUAACUCUUUAGCUCUUUUAAGUCUAUUUUCUUUCUGUUGCGGUUUAAGUUCUUGCCCUUUUUGGAAUUUCAAUGGAUUUACCCCGAGCUCAUUUUUCAAUAUUUGCCGAAUGGAGUAUUGCGAUAUGUUCAGCUCACGAGCCAUUUUUUGGCCACUGCGGCGCGGGUCUCUUACAAGCCGCUUUUUUACUUUUCGAACCAUUUCUGGUGAUGUUGCUGUUUUCUUCCGUCCACUUCCUUGACGUCCGGGCUACGAUACCAGUAUUACGGUAAUCACGAGCGAUGGUACGAGACACAAAAGAUUUAUUCACAUUUAAAUGCUGGAGUGCUGUAACGAUAGCCACUUGUGCUGUAACGAUAGCCAAAAUGCUUUUGUACGCUUGUAAACAAACUUCAGUAUAUAGGCGCUAUUAAAAUGUCUCUAUCAUUAGAAGACACCCAGGAGAGAAAAAUACAAAAAUAUCUUCAAUUUUAAGUAGGUCUCUUGAAGAUCUUCCUACUUUAGAAGAAAAAAUAUUUUUUAAAGGUUCUUAAUGUAUUGAAGAACUUUGUCCAAUAUAUAAAGUCAUUCAUAUGUAUAGAAAACAUACAAAACAACUUCCGUCUAGGACCAACGGCUAGGAGAAGACCUUUGACCGAGGGCUUUUUGUCAAUAGAAGAUUUUGAAAUAGGCUUUAGAAUUUAUAAAAUAAUUUUAUUUUAUCUCACCAUUUUUGGACCGAUGUCUUUGAAUUAAUUUUAUGAUCCUCUUAAAUACAUAAAUAUCUCCUGUAUAUAUGAGUACAUAUAAAUAUAUUAUGUCUGCAGCAAACUCUUCGUGCAUACAGAUCUCAAAAAAUAUCAUAGAAUACCAGGAAAAAGCCUCCUAUCUGUAGACAAAUUAAAAAAAGCUUUUUAGUUUUGAAUGAGAAAGAUCUUAAUCUCAUAGUAGCAUAUAGGAGAACGACCCCUCUUCUAUUUGAGUGAAUUCAAAUGAAUAUCCUUUAGCUAAUUUUAAACUCUGAGGGGGUUUCCAUUUAUUUUUAGACCAUUGACUUUUUUUCAACAUUUUUAGACAAGACCCAUUUUCAUUCAAUUAAGAAAAUAGCGAACGACAAAGGUUAGAUAUAUAUGGCGUAAAGGAGGGUAUACAGUGAUUUCAACCAUUCCCACAAACACACAUAUACACAAAAAUAUCAAUUAUAUACACCUGACAUUUCAAUAAUUUUGUGAUUUAUUUUAUUCUUAUAUACAUACAUACAUAUAUAUAUAUUUAUAUACAUAGUUUUUCAACAAUCUGUGUUUUAAUCGUGGUUGUCUCUUUGACAUUAGUUUAAUUUAUUUUAUUUAAGAAAUAUACAAGUGUAUACAGAUUUACAAGUAAAACUUUUAUUUUUGUUUAUAGAUUUAUAGAAUUAUAAGAUUAUUAAUAUUAAUUUUAUUAUUUGUUUUUAUUUAUACCUUGGUGCUUUGUAAAACAGUUGGAUCUCUUCGUUUCGUAGUUACUAUGACACACUAGUAAGUUUGUGUGUUGUUUUAUACCCACCGCCAUAUGGCCAUAUGGCUACACAGAGUAUAUAUCAUUUGAUACGGCCAGAAAGUGCCUCAUCGAAAUAGUGGUUUUAGACCCCAGGUAUCUUCAGAUCAAAUUCGUUUCAGGACAUUUGGAGUCGAUCUAGCAAUGUCCGUCCAUUCGUCUGUCUGGCUGGUACGCACGAUAACUCUCGAAGCGAGUAUCCGAUUUGGUCCAAACUUGGUACAUCGUAAUAUUAAUAUCAAACUCAGAUCGAGUUCUGAGAUGAGCAAUCUUUCUGGUACCUCCCCACAAAAGUUCGAAAUUUAAAAAAAAUAUAUUUUACUGCACAGAAAGGGAAGGGAUACUCCGAUUUUGCUUCAACUUUGCAAAUCCAAAUAUUUGCAUCAAUAGGUCAGGUGCGAAAAUGGACAAUAUCGGUCCACUUUUUUAAGUACCUCCCCCACAAACGGUCAACAUUUUAAAUAAUUACAACUCUUAUAAAAUGUGAUGUAAGAGUCCGAUUGUCUUCAAAUUUCACACAUCCAAAUAUUUUUAUCAACCCAAAGUCUGGUGUUAAGAUGGAAUAUAUGGGUCAAUUUCUUCUGGUACCUCCCACACAAACGGUCGAUUUUUUUUUUUAAAAAAUAUUUUUUG